AGGCUCAAUCUUAGGACAGGGCAAGCUCCAUGUCCAGUUCCGAGAGCGAUAUUUGGAAGAACGCGUCCAUUUACUAGUACGUGCUGAGGCGUGAUUCGUUGUGACUCGUGCCAAGGGCAUGAUCCACGCCAUUCCUGGGAAACUCUGCCUGGUGAAUGUGCUCCUUCAUUGGCGACUCUUGGAGGCACGACCUGACCAUCGUGCUCCUGAGGCAGUUGCACCGUGCCUCCUGCAGCAUGGUCAGCUGCUGCGAGAGUCAGGCAAAGACGCGAUAGACGUGCCAGGCUUGGUGCCAAGAAAAAAGGCGCCAGUGACCUCAUCGCUGGUGCAAAUUCAGAGUUCCGAUGCAAGUUCGAUGGGAUCAAAGUCAUUUCCUCAGCUUUGGUUGCACAGCGGACAGCAACUCGCUUGGAAGCACUGCUGUCGUCUCAGGACAGACACCAGAGUUGACCCUUCUUUUUUUGACUCCUUUUCUGACGCCGAGUCUACGUUUGAUGCUGAUGGCCAAAGCGAAGACGCUCAGGCAAAGAAACCAUCAGUAGAGGUUGCUGACCCUCUUCCCACCAUCGAGCCUCCACAGUGGUUUGUGGAGUCAGAGUCAGCAGGACCCAAGCAGGCAUGGCAAACCUACGAUGCUCUGACAGAGGAUGCAAGCUGGCGCGCCGCUGCACCAGAGUGGGAGGAGAAAGAAUACGGCAGGGUUGAGCAAAGUUGGAAUCCGCUGGAUUCCAAAGAGAAUGGCAACACAGCGCAUUCUCUGCCGGGGAAGGAUCCUGCCUGGUUCAAUGUGGAAGCUGAUCAGUAUGACUGGUUUGGACGCCCGAGGGCGCCAACACCGGCAUCUGCCAGCUUCUACUUGGAGUGGAGUCAAGUGAGCAGGACUGCAGAUUUGAGCUGUGGCCCUCCAGGCUGCGUGGCGAACACCAGCCUGGAGGCGUUUCAACAUGCUUCUGAUAUGGAGUACAAAAUGUGCACUUUGUCUUUGUUUGUGCAUGCAACCGACUUUGAUGACGCGUACAACGUUGAAAAGAUUGAGUGGAUUGUAAUCAAUGGCAAGGAGGCAUUGCGGGACUUUAGCCCGAGAGCACCAAAAGGUUGCGAGAUCAAUGACAAUCUCACUGGCAGCUUGGACUCAGACUUGGUCGCCAACGAGAGCAUCGCCUUGCUGAACGUGAAGGGAAGCCGAAGCGACCAUCGCCGGAUCCGCAACAGCUCGGAGCUGCCCUUGUUCCCGUGCAUCCGCGACAUGCCGCUGGAGGGUCUGGUCGGAGCAGACGGUAAACUGCACGUUUCUGGCAAAAUCUCUCCGGCAGUUGAUGAGUGCCCCGUGAACGGCAAUCACUUCAGUGGCGUCGUGACGGUGACCUGCUUCGCUCGUGCGACGACGACGCUGCCCCCAACAACGACAACCACCACGGAACCAGUGAAGGUAGCUGUCCAGCGCGAGUUCAAGACGCGUGACUCAGCACGUGUUGCAUGCAAGGCACCUGGCUGCAGUGCAACAGCAACCUUGUCAGUGGACAGCUUCAACCUGACCUCCCGAAAAUGCGGCUUGACACUGAGGAUCAACCAGACAGAUUUUGAUGAGCAGGAUGGAUCAGCAGAACAUUUGGAGUGGAUCAAGGUGAACAGCAAAACAGUUGCUACAAAUGUGAAGCCUGGGAAGAAUCCUUGCAAAGAGGCAGUGGAUGCAGGCAGCAAUCGCACGAGCGAGGUGUUCGUUGCGUUGAACGAAGAGGACGUCACAGAUGCAAUAAAAGAAGGUGUCCUCUCAGUGGAAGUUAAAAUCACGGAUAUGGUGGACGAGUGCGCGGUGGAGAAUUACCUGCUUGAUGGUCAAGCAGAGGUUGCGUGUACUUGACGCGCAAGCGGUCGUGAAAACA